AUGAAGUCGUUCGUUGCCGCUGCCGCAUUCGCUUGGUUCACCGUUGCAAACGCUGGAACUGUCGUCUGGGACGGUUCCUUUACACCAUUCUCGUCGCCUUCCGACUUUGACAAAUGGCAUGUAGACUAUUUCUGUCCGACAUGGGCCAACCAGGUCGGCACCUACCAAUGGUACAUUCACGGUAGCGGUCCAACAUCGUCCUAUCUCAACCCCGGCGCUGCCUACAAGAACCCCGCCGUCACUAGGGAGGACAAGGGUCUCAAGCUUACCGUUGACUCGACCUCUCACUGGAAUGGCCAGACCAUGAUGAGAACAGAACUCAUCCCCCAGACCUCGGCCAAUUUGGGAACGGGUCAGAUGUACUAUCACUUCUCGCUCAAGCGCGAGUCCGUCAACCCCCCUGGAACCUCGGAGCACCAAGUCAUGUUCUUUGAGUCUCACUUUACUGAGCUCAAGGUUGGUGUUGGCUCCGACCCGACCGCUCUCAGCUGGUGCAUCAACGGCCAGCCGAAGUGGAGCACACCAUUCGUCGCAGGAACCUGGUACAACUUUGCAUAUGAUAUCAACUUCUCGGGUAACACUGUCGGUCUAUGGGCUAGCACUGGCUCCAACCCACUCCAAAGGGUCAUGUCCAACCAGUCUGCUAGCACUUCGACCAACAGCGCUGACUGGCACGUCGGUGUCCUCCGUCUUGGCGACAGUACGACCGAGGAUUGGUACAUCUCGGGUGUCUACAUCGAGAGCGGUUCUCUCACUACCAGCAUCGGAAGUGGAACAGUCUCUACUACCUCGACUCAGACCACGGUUAGCGAGUCAACAUCGACAUCGACUUCGACCUCAACAAGCCGUUCCACCUCGACCUCAACUUCGACUUCGACUUCCUCAUCCACUCGCACGAGUUCGAGCAGCACCUCGCGCUCAACAUCAACUUCCACGUCGACGAGCUCGGCAAGUGGACCAGGCCAGACUCUCUGGGGACAGUGCGGAGGCCAGAACUGGACCGGUCCUACGACGUGCGCCCAGGGUACCUGCAAGUACUCGAACCCAUGGUACUCGCAAUGCCUCAACUAA